UCACUCCUUCACUUCCGAAAUCUCUCUCAAUUCUCAUCAAUUUUUUUACUCUCAUCUUUGUCUCUCUUCUUAGUCCUCCGCUCAUUGUUCUGUAAACAGCAAUGGCUCUGAAACUUAGGAGCCCCUUCAAGCUGGAAGGAGAGAGUGAGGAGGGCAAGAACAAGCCUACAUAUGCAAGCUCUACCAAGAGCUCACCGGUUGUUGUUGGGUUGAGAAUCCUUACACAAAUUUCACAGGGAAAAUCUAAUGUUGUUGUUAAAUCUGCAUUGAAAUUCAGGCCUCCCACCUCUAAAAAGCAUCAUGGCCAUCCCGACGGUGGGUCGCCGGCUGACCAAUCUUGCUUUCUCAAAUCAUGUCAUCUAUGCAACAAGAACUUAAGCCUAGAUAAAGAAGUUUACAUGUACAGGGGUGACCAAGGCUAUUGCAGCAUAGAGUGCAGGGACAGGCAAAUUGUUUUGGAUGAAAUGAAGGAACUCGAAGUAUCUACAAAACAAAUGAUGGCAUCUUAUAGGCACUGUAGCUCCUCCGGCCGGCGUGAGACAAGCGUCCUUCUAGAGGAUCUCCGCCGGAGAAAUAAAACACCUCAUCAAAUCCGAAAGCAUUGGGCAAUAGUCUCAUAAUAAUUCUCUAAGUUCAUAUAUAUAUAUAAAGCCAUAACUAAUUCAGCAGAGGGGUGUGUUUGAUUAUAGUUAGGAUCGAGAUUUCUUUUCUAUAAAAGAGAAGAAAAAUAUUCAUAUCAUAUAUACAACUUUUAUUCCCUUUUUUUUUUCUUGUUCAAAUUGUGAGAUGAGGAAUUAGAAGAUAAUCGAUUAAUGAUGUAAAGUCAAAGGAAAAAGCGAGUAGCUGGUAUAUUUUUGUGACGUAUCGUUAUUGACAACAAGGGAUAAAUAUAAAUCGAAGGCAAGGCAUUAUAUAUUUUGGGUUCAAAAUUUGUAAGAUAGGUAUCACUGCUCAUUCUUGCCCAUCACUGUCCUCUUUUUGUCUACAACAAUAAAAGCCGGUAAUGGCCGGUGUGCCUUUGUUGGAUGCAGCAUUAA